AUAUUAAUUAGAAGAUUGGUCUGCUGAAUUUCGUGGGACGUUCAAGGAAGAAUGGCAAGCAGUUUCGACCCCUUAUUAAUUUAAUCUUUUUUAUUAGUCAAAGAAAAAAAAAUCUCAAAUAUAAUUACAGACGCGUUAAUUGAGUCAUCUAAUUAAGUCUUCUCAUCGUUUCUUGGAAGGUUCAAGAUAUGGUGAAACUUCUUCCAAACUCCCUUUUAUCUUGCUCUCAAAACAGAGAAACAGAGCGUUUUGGUAUCGGAAUCGGAGACGAGCAAGCUUGGUAAUUUACUUCUGUUUGCAUCUUUAUUUUCUUACAAACUCCCUUUUAUCUUGCUCUCAAAACAGAGAAACAGAGCGUUUUGGUAUCGGAAUCGGGGACGAGCAAGCUUGGGUUACAAACAUGGCUUCUUCUUCUUCUUCUUCUUCUGCUCAAGAAAAGCAUGAUGUGUUUCUAAGUUUCAGAGGUGAGGACACCCGUUUUGGUUUUACUAAGAAUCUCUAUCAUGCUUUGCGUGGAAAGAAUAUCCAAACCUACAUGGAUGAUCAAAAGCUUGAAAGUGGCCACGAAAUCUCACCACAACUUAUGGAAGCGAUUAAGGAAUCUAAGAUUUGCAUCAUAGUUUUGUCCAAAAAUUUUGCAUCAUCGACAUGGUGUUUAAAUGAAUUGGUGCACAUACUUGAAUGCAAAGGAAAUGAGAAUGUUAUACCGAUUUUUUAUGACAUAGAUCCAUCCAUUGUACGGAAAUUAUCGGAUAUUUAUGGAGAAGCAUUUGUGAAACAUAAACAAAACUUUAAGGACAAAAAGGAGAAGGUGGAGCAGUGGAGGCGUGCUCUAGAAAAUUUGGCUAAUCUGUGUGGUUAUCAUUCAAAGAAUUUCGGGGAUGAGCAUGAGUUGGUUAACAAAAUUGCUAAAGAUAUUUUAUUGAAAUUGCCCAAGUACCAACUAACAAAUUAUGGAGACCUCAUUGGAAUUGAAGAGCCCCUCAAGGAAAUUGAAUCAUUAUUAAGCAAUGGCCAAAUGGAUGUUCGCAUCAUAGGUAUUUGGGGCAUGGGAGGUAUCGGUAAGACCACCCUUGCUAGCAUUGUGUUUCAAAGAUGGUCAUAUUCUCAUUUUGAUGGUUAUUGCUUUCUUGAGGAUACUCCAGAAGAAGCAGAUAAUACAAAUCACUUGAGAUAUAGACUUCUUUUUGCGUUAUUAAAGGAUAAAACUCUUUUAAGCAUGAACACUCCGGAUGUAGGAUCAACAUUAAUUCAAAAUAGACUCCUCUCUAAAAAGGUUUUUAUCGUUUUAGAUAAUUUGAAUGGGAGAAGUUCCAAAUUAAUUGAUUUGUUGGAAGGAUAUCAACUUGGUAUUGGAAGUAGAAUCAUUGUCACAAGUAGAGAUAAGCAACUGCUUGUGACAAAGAAUUGUCAAAUUUACCAGUUGAAGGGUUUAUAUGACCAUGAUGCUCUUCAGCUCUUCCGUUUCCAUGCUUUUGGAUCAAAUUCACUUGCAACAGGUUAUGAGGCUUUAUUAGAAAGUGUUGCACAUUAUGCAAAGGGCAAUCCAUUAGCUCUUAAAGUCUUAGGUUCUUCCCUUAAGUACAAAAGCGUAGAAGAAUGGAAAAGUGCAUUGGAUAAGCUGAAAACAGAUCCAGAUCCUGAAAUUAAAAAAGUGUUAAGAAUAAGUUAUGAUGGAUUAGGCGAUAAAAGCAUCCAAGGUAUUUUUCUUGACAUUGCAUGCUUCUUUAACAAUCAAGUACCUAGGGAAGAAGUAGAAAGCAUAUCAAACCAUGCAACAAUAGGAAUAAGUGUUCUCAUUGAUAAAUCCUUAAUAAUAUCUGAAUGGUAUAGAAUGUUGCGAAUGCAUGAUUUACUACGGCAAAUGGCUCGGGCAAUUGUUUGUGAUGAAAGCAGAGAUUGUGGCAAUCGUAGUAGGCUAUGGAAUAAUAAGGAUUCCUGCCAUGUAUUGGAAAGAAAUACAGGAACCUCUGCAAUUGAAGGCAUAUUAUUGGAUCUGUCUCAACUCAGAAAAGAUGUAAAAGUGACCCGUACGGCAUUUUCAAAGAUGUUCAAUCUACGACUUCUUAAAUUGCAUUUGGAUAAAAGAUUUCCCCCUUAUAAUUGCUCCAGAUACCCCAGUGGAGAAUGCAAUUUCAGAGUCAGUCUUUCUGAUGGGGUUGAGCCUUUUGUUUCGGAUGACCUAAAAUAUUUUCAGUGGGAUACAUACCCUUUGAAAUAUUUGCCAUAUUUUAAUCCCGAGAAUCUUGUUCAACUUAUUAUGCGUGAGAGCCAACUUGAACUUCUUUGGAAUGAAGACCAGCGACAGCCACUUGAGCUGGUGAAGUUAAAGAAGAUCGAUCUUAGUUAUUCUGAGCACCUUAUGCAAAUACCAAAUUUGUCUCGGGCUAUAAAUCUUGAAGUUUUGAAUCUUCAAAGUUGCAGCAGUUUGGUUCAACUUCCUUCAUUUUUUCAGAAUCUUGGCAAGCUUCAGUUUCUACAUUUGCAGGUUUGCUACAAUCUUGAAGAUGGCUUAGAAAAUCUUCCAAUCAAUGUAAGAGAAUUAUACCUGGAUAGGACAGCAAUUAAAAGUUUGCCGGAGAGCAUUUGGAAGUUGAAAUAUCUAGAACGGUUGGAUCUUUCUUUUUGCCGAAACUUGAGAAAGAUUCCAGAAAUCUUGUGCCAUAUGAAAUUCUUGGUGGAAAUUAUGUUAUAUGGAACAGAGAUUGAAGAGUUGCCGAAGUCAAUUGACAAUCUAACCCGUCUUAAAACUCUAUGUCUUGCGUGCAAUAAGAUCAUUAAGUUUCUUCCAAACAGCCUAUGUAAAUUAUUGCAUCUUCAAGAGUUGUACCUUAGGGAAUGUUCAUCACUUGAAGAAUUGCCUCCCCUUCCACGUGGUUUGAGGAAAUUGGAUAUAGGAAAAUGUGAGAGACUGAAAUCAUUACCAGAGCUUCCAUCAUCUUUAGAUUAUUUGUGUCCAGUGGAAUGUUCAUCACUUGAAGAAUUGCCUCCCCUUCCACGUGGUUUGAGAAAAUUGAAUAUAGGAAAAUGUGAGAGACUGAAAUCAAUAGCAGAGCUUCCGUCAUCGUUAUUUGAUUUGUGUGCAAAGGAAUGUUCAUCACUUGAAGAAUUGCCUCCCCUUCCACAUGAUUUGGGUACAUUGAAUAUAGUAAAAUGUGAGAGACUGAAAUCAUUACCUGAGCUUCCGUCAUCUUUAAAUUAUUUGAGGGCGAAUGAAUGUUUAUCAAUUGAAGAAUUGCCUCCCCUUCCACAUUGUAUGGUGAAAUUGAAUAUAAGAAAAUGUGAGAGACUGAAAUCAAUAGCAGAGCUUCCGUCAUCGUUAUAUUGUUUGUUUGCAGAGGAAUGUUCAUCACUUGAAGAAUUGCCUCCCCUUCCACAUGAUUUGGGUACAUUGAAUAUAGGAAAAUGUGAGAGACUGAAAUCAUUACCAGAGCUUCCGUCAUCUUUAUAUGAUUUGUGUGCAGAGGGAUGUUCAUCACUUGAAGAAUUGCCUCCCCUUCCACAUCAUUUGCGGCAACUGAAUAUAGGAAAAUGUAAGAGACUGAAAUCAUUACCAGAGCUUCCGUCAUCUUUAUAUGAUUUGUGUGCAGAGGAAUGUUCAUCACUUGAAGAAUUGCCUCCCCUUCCACACAGUUUGCAUAUAUUGAAUAUAGGAAAAUGGGAGAGACUGAAAUCAUUACCAGAGCUUCCAUCAUCUUUAAAAGUUUUGAAAGCAAACGACUGCACAUCGUUGGAGGCAAUAUCAAGCUGGGGGUAUGCAACCGCACAAAAAAAAUUUUACGAAGAUCCGUUUUUUUCGUUUGAGAACUGUAUAAAACUGGAUGACAACACACUCAACAACGUAAUUGCUAAUCAUGUGCACCAUCAAGUUUCAUCUGCUGAAGAUGAUACUCUGUAUGUGUAUCCAGGAGACGAAAUCCCAGAGUGGUUCAGCUAUCAAACUGGCGGUCAAGAUUCAAUCAGUAUCCAUCUUCCUCCAAAUUGGUUUAAACUGGGAUUGAGAUUUGCCAUUUGCUUUGUUUAUGUUGUGCUGAACGGUUAUUAUGAUCAACUUAUCGAAGUUGAAUACGAAUUCAAUUUCAAAGCCAACACUAGUAACGGCGGUGAUGAACUUCUUUACAAGCAUGGUGGUGAGCUUACAAGAUUUUUGGGAAGAAUUAUUGAUUCAGAUCAUGUGUCAAUUGUUACGCAACCUCACAACCGCAGAGGAUUCUUUUGGCCUAUUUCUGAUGGUGAAUUGUUAGAAGUGUUUGGGCCAAACUGGUCCUCUAUCUGUCGCAACAUUACCGAGGCUUCUUUCCGUGUAUUCCACGAGGAUCAGAACGGUGUGAUUAUGAACAUAAAAAAGUUUGGGAUUCACCCCCUUAACAAUGGGUUUGAGGAGCCAAAUGUAGACGGGGACAGUACUUCUAAAAGAGGGUUUGGUGAAUGUUCUUCUGAUCAACCCAAUGGAUACCAACACAACCAUGACUCGCAUCCUCACAAUAUUUCCAAGUGAAUCAAGCUUAAGGGAUAAUAUAUUACCGUUUCUUUUUCAAAUGAAUAGAUAACACUAAAAGCUUUGAUGGAGGUCAGGGAGAGAGAGAGAGAGAGAGAGAGAGAGAGAGAGAGAGAGAGAACGCAGUAAGAAGGGCAAAACAGAGGGAUAAAGGGAGAUAAGGUUGACCGCCCGGUAACCGCAGAGCUCUUAGUUUGUUAUACAAGGGAGUGGAAAGGAGGGAAGAGAAACAGUCAAGCUCUAAUGGCCUACAAUUGUUCUUUUUUUUGUUCAAUUAUUUUUUUUUUUUUGGGAAUUAAACUCUUAAAUAUUUUUACACUUUUUUUUUUUAGUUUAUAUAUUUUUUAGCGUUGUUACUUUUUUUUUAUUUGGGGGGAGAAUUUGCACA